CAAAUGAUGAUAAUUUAUUUAAAUUGGAAAAAUUGCCGGACAAAACAUUUAUUAGUCUUCAACUUGUGAGCCACACUUAAAAAUUGAAAACAAAAUCGGUGACCCAUCUUAAGAGAUGCUAUUUGCUGAUUUAUAAUAUAUGAAGUAAUUUAAUUCUAAAAACAAAUUUUCGAAUUUUGUUUUCUUUUUACUCUUACAAACUUUUAAUAUCUAAAUCUAAUAUCUAAAUCAAUUGUCAUAUAUUUUAAUUAUAAUUUUAAUAUCUAAAUAUUUUCAUUUAUUGUAUAAUCUGAUUUUUAAAUGGAAGUUUAUCUUUUUGAAUAUAUUUUUUUUUUUUUUUAAAAAUUAUUUAAAAAGGUUUGAAAUUGGAACUAUGUAAAGUGUAUCUACUAAAUUGUUGUCGUCAACAAAAAAAAAACAAUCAAAAUUCCAUAUUGUUCAGUAUUCUUGUUGGAGAGGCCCAUUAAAAGUGCUCUUGAAAAGUUUUUCUUUUUCUUUUUUCCCGCCAACAAAAUUCGACCCACAUUUUCGUAAAACCAAAAUUUGAAAACAUCUCAAAAUUUUCGAAAGCGCCAAUUCAAUGUCUCAUUCGAAAAAAAUCAAUCGGAAAUGGCGCUCUGCGUCUUCCCUUUUUCUCCUCCCCCUCUCCAUCAUUCUCUUCCAACCAAUCUCGAUCUCUAUCGAAUCAUGUCCGACGAUAAGGAGAACUUCGUGAGGAUGACGAGAGCAGCCACCAAAAGAAAAGCUGCUAUGGCAGACGAGGACCGCCUCAGCAAGAAGAAGAAGAAGAGAGUUGUCCUCGGUGAGCUUCCCAACUUGUGCAAUAAGCGAAAACAAACCAGAAAACCCCUUAGAGUUCCGAAGAAGCAAAACAAGAAGACAUCGAAGUCCGAUAUCGACACCAGAUCUGAUGAUCCCCAGAUGUGUGCUCCUUAUGUCACCGGAAUCUUCGUUUAUCUCCGUCAAUUAGAGGUGAAGGAAAAGUCAAGGCCUUUGAUUGAUUAUAUUGAAAAGGUGCAGAGAGAUGUAACGCCUAAUAUGAGAGGAGUUUUGGUUGAUUGGUUAGUUGAAGUUGCUGAAGAGUACAAACUUCUCUCCGACACUCUUUACCUCGCUGUCUCCUACAUCGACAGAUUCUUGUCUCUUCGGACUGUUAAUAGGCAAAAGCUUCAGCUUUUGGGAGUUUCCGCUAUGCUUAUUGCCUCGAAGUAUGAAGAGAUAACUCCUCCGAAUGUGGAGGACUUCUGUUACAUUACAGACAACACUUACACUAAGCAAGAGAUUGUGAAGAUGGAAGCUGAUGUACUUCUUGCUCUUCAGUUUGAAUUAGGAAACCCCACAACCAAUACUUUUCUCAGACGGUUCACAAGAGUUGCGCAAGAAGAUUUCAAUAUGUCACAUUUACAGAUGGAGUUUCUCUGUAGCUAUCUUUCCGAGCUAAGCAUGUUAGACUAUAACAGUUUGAAGUUUCUUCCGUCCGUUGUGGCUGCUUCAGCCGUAUAUCUUGCAAGAUUCAUCAUCCGUCCAAAGCAACAUCCCUGGAGUGUAAUGUUAGAAGAGUACACGAGAUACAAAGCGGGUGAUCUCAGAGAAUGUGUGUGUAUGAUACAUGACUUGUAUCUUAGCAGAAAAGGAGGAGCUUUACAAGCUGUUAGAGAGAAAUACAAGCAGCAUAAGUUCAAGUGUGUUGCGACUAUGCCUGUAUCGCCAGAGCUUCCUCUUACCUUCUUUGAAGAUGUCAGCAUUUAGAGAGAGCUUUGUUCAUCGGCAAAGAAUCAUUUGAAACCAAGAGAAGCAGUUCUUUACUGUUUUGGGUUGUACAUGUCUUAGGACUACUUUUAGUUGAACUUAUGUUUAAAGAUUUUGUAUGUAAUUUUGAAAUGUUUUGCUUGUGUUUUGUAUUUUAGCAUACACUCUUUCCCCCUUUAUUAAUAAGUUCAUACCAAUGAAAUUUAAAGUGGGAAAUUUGAUCAGCUAUUUUGGGAGGUGAA